CUCCAGCGCAACCACGAAGCUGACUUCUUCUUUCAAUCAGCCUGCCCAUGGGCCUCCCCACAAUCGGUCCGGGUACCAAACAUACGACUCGGUCCUUCAAGGUCGGAGCGGAGUUGACAUGUCGAUCUGUCCGAUUCCUGGCAGGUGUUUAAAAUCGACGAGGAGAUUCUGUAUAAUGCGAAUAGCUCGACCAGAUUUCAAGUGAUGAUUACCGUCGUGAUUGACCGCGAACAUGCCGAGCUAAUCAGAGCUUUGGAAUCUGUCAUGAGGAAGCGUCUGUCUAUGUAUGUCGAUGUAUAUAAAGACUUUCGUACCCCGUGUUCACGAUUUUCUCGAACUUCGUCAUGCAUUCUCAACCUUGGCAUUACCAUUUCACCCCAUCUUUCAUCUCAUCCGUAUUAUCCCCAAGUCUUCUGGCCAUGGUCUCUUUCACAGUAAAAGUCGCGACAUCUGUUGCUGCUCUCAGCACUGUAGCUGUAGGCCGACCCAGAGUCCGGCAGGAUACUGGCUCGGUUGAUGCUUUUGUCCAGACCGAACAACCCAUCGCACUGCAGGGCGUUUUGAACAACAUCGGCCCGGACGGUUCCAAGGUCGAAGGUGCUUCGGCCGGGAUCGUCGUAGCAAGUCCAUCAAAGAGCGACCCAGAUUAUUUCUACACUUGGACGAGGGACUCUGCAUUGACCUUAAAGACAAUAAUUGACGAGUUUAUUUUCACCGGAGAAACAACCCUUCAGACAGUUAUCAAUAACUACGUCGAGGCUCAAGCUGUCUUGCAGACUAUAGAUAACCCGUCCGGGGGCCUGUCGGAUGGCUCAGGUCUAGCUGAACCCAAAUUCUAUACCAACGAAACUGCAUUCACCGAUGCCUGGGGAAGACCUCAGCGGGAUGGGCCAGCUCUGCGUGCCAUUGCCUUGAUAGCCUACAGCAACUGGCUGACCGAGAAUGAUGGACAAGACACGGCCACAACGGACGUUUGGCCCAUCAUCUCCAACGAUUUGUCAUAUGUUGGACAAUAUUGGAAUCAGACAACUUUUGAUUUGUGGGAGGAAGUUCAAGGAGCAAGCUUUUUUACUACCCAAAACCAGUACCGAUCCCUCAUCGAAGGUGCUGCUCUUGCUGCCAAACUUGGAGUUACUUGCACAGGUUGUGACCAGGCUCCCCAAAUCCUGUGUUUUCUGCAGAGCUACUGGAACGGAGAAUUCCUCGUUGCAAAUCUGAACACCAACAAUGGGCGUUCUGGUCACGAUGCAAACACCUUUCUUGGUUCCAUCGCCAUUUUUGAUGUCGAUGCUUCUUGCUCGAGUCCCACAUUUCAACCUUGUAGCAAUAGAGCACUGGCCAGUUUCAAGGCGUACAUUGACUCUUUCCGUGACGGCUCAGAACUAUACUCGAUCAAUGAAGGAAUCCCAACGGGGUCUGGCAUUGCUGUUGGGAGAUACCCAGAGGAUACUUACCAAGGCGGUAAUCCCUGGUAUUUGAUCACCACUGGCGCCGCUGAGUUUCUGUACGACGCAGUCGCCCAAUGGACAGCUCAAAAGGCGCUUGCCAUCGAUGAGACGUCAUUGCCUUUCUUCACGGAUAUAUAUCCUUCAGCUGCACUUGGCAACUACACAUCUACGGACUCGGAAUUCAAUAGCAUAGUUACUGCUGUGACGACAUAUGCUGAUUCCUUCAUUUCUAUUGUCCAGACAUACACGCCAGAAGAUGGAGCACUGGCUGAGCAGUUCAACAAAGACCAGCCGGGCGACCCACUAUCAGCGUCUGACUUGACAUGGAGUUAUGCUGCAUUUGUCAGUGUGUCACAACGACGGGCCGGGCAGUAUCCAGCUGGUUGGGAGGGAUCCACCGCUCCCGAACUGCCAGAUUCAUGCCAGGCAUCAUCUACCCCAGGAUUGUACGCGCCAGCCCCAGUCGCAUCUAUCAAAGCUUAAAUCCAGCUGGGUAGGGGUUGUCUCAGAGAAAAUAUCAAUCUAUUGCCGAUUUGCCGUUGAAUACAAGUCAAUAACUCUAUUGUGUGGAUAGUCAUUCUCUGGGUUGGGGUUGUGAGCUUCAUCAGUGCCGAUAUAGCCGGUAACCAUGUCGGACGAGAAAAGCGCCCCGUUAUUGCAAUGCCAGUAUGAUCGCAUUACAGAAUAUCUGUUAACCAGUUGUAGAAAAUUCAUUCGUAU